AGGCCGGCCCCGGCCUCACCCUGCCAAGUUUACAGGUUGGUGACGUACGUCUUCGUCUACGAGGACCCCGUGUCCCUGCUCUGCGGCAUGGCGAUCAUCUGGCACGUCGCCGGCGGCUUCGAGAAGAGCGUGGGCACCGUGCGGCACUGCGUCUUCACCGCCGCCUCGGCCGCCUCCGCGGCCCUCCUCUUCCUGCCGCUGGAGGCCGCGUGGGCCGGGGCCGGGAUGGGGGGCGUCCGGGGGGCCGGGGGCUUCACCCCCGUGGCGUUGGCCAUGCUGGCCGUCGCCUCCGGCCGCCCGCGGAUGAGGAAGGCGGUGGUCCUCGGGGUGGCCGUGCCCACCGGCCUGGUGCCCUGGCUGCUGCUGGGGGCGGCUCGCCUCCUCCCGGGGGCCUCUCUCCUCGCCGAUCUCUGCGGGCUCCUGGUGGGAGUGGCCUUCGGUCACGGCCCGUGCGCGCGGCUGGACCUCCCGGAAGCGGUGGCCUCGAAGCUGGACCGGAGGUUCCCCUUCAGCCUCCUCGGGAGGGUCCCGGGCCUCAGAUACGUCCCGGGGUCUUCGGCCGAAAGGAGAGCCGCCCAGACCGGGAGGACCGAUCCGGUGCCGGGGUCGUACCCCACCCGGAGCUAUCCCUCCCGCCCCGCUCCGGCCCGGCCCGUCGUCCCGCUGCCGCCUGCCAACGUCCAGAGGUUGGCACCCUGGCCCUCGCCCGGCCGGCCGGCCUCCGGCCACGUCUACGUGCAGAACCGUUGGGGCGUCGCCCCCGCCCCGCCCGGCCAGUGCCCGGCGCCCCCGGCUUGGGCCCUGCCGGUCUUCCCGGCCCAUCCGGGGCCGGGACGUCCAGAGGACGAGGGGCGGGCGGUCCCAGGGGGGCCCCCGCCGUCGGCGCCCGCCGCCCUCCCGGAGCUGCGGACUCUGUGACGGGGGGGACCCGGAGCGGCGCCGACGCCUCUCCGCCGGGUCUUCCCGGAGAGGUGACCGGAGGAGGAGGCCGGCCGGGGACCGAGUGGGCGGCACAGAAGGCCUCUGGCCCCGGGCCCGUCCGCCCCGCGGGAGGUCGGGGGGCACGGGGGCCCCGACUGAACCCCGGCGCCGUCCCCCCCUCCUCCCCGUCCCGCUCCCCGUGGCUGCGGCGGAUCCAGACGUCGGCUUCCAGGGGAUGGAGAAGCAGCGGGACGUGAUGGAUAGAGCGCGGGCCAGCGAGUCGGGAGGUCUUGGGUUCUAAUCCCGGCUGCCGUGCGACCUCAGGCAAGUCACCUCGCUUCUCUGGGCCUCGCUACCUCCUCUGUAAAACGGGGCUUGAGUGGGCCCGACUUGAUUAGCUUGUAUCCACCCCAGGGCUUAGAACAGGGCUUGGCACCUAAUAAGUGCUAAACGAGUACCAUGAUAAUAUUUUACUAUUAUUUUUAAUGGUGAUAAUAAUAAUUAUUAUUAGUGGAAAGAGCUUCAAACUUGCCACCUUCGGGGCUGCUUUUCUGAAUAAAGCAUGCAAAUCCAGGUCCCAGGGUGGAAUUGUAA